UUUUGCAGUUGUGCAUUACGAAGAUCCAUGAUGUUUGUUCCUACAUAAUUUAUUUUUAUUUAUACAGUUUACACUGUACAAUGUACUUAUUAUCCCAAAGUAUUUACUAUAACAGCUCAGAUAAAACUAAAGUUAAAUCAAAUCACAUCACAAUUGAUAAAUGUUGAAUAUGAGACACGUGGAUAAAUCAGAGGAAAAAUACAUCGCAACGAUUAAUCGAAUCCGUGAUACUAUCCGUAAAUUAGAAGAAACUACGAAGUAUUCACGGGAUUUGGAAGCUGUUCGAUUUCUGCGGUAUUCUAUGUUGAAAUCUCACGAUAAAAUUCUGACGGACGACCUGAGGAAAAUUAAAAUACGAAAUAAACAGAUGUUAAAUUUAUUUCGACAAAGUGUCACGGACAUUCAACUCAGUUCUCUCGACAUACUGCCUGAAACUCUAAGGAGACAAGUGCAGAAAACAUGGCACCAGAAAUACGACGCUCUGUUAUCUCAAAACGAACAAUUAAAGAGACAAAUUGUCGCUUUAGAUUGCGCGAUGAAACAGAAACAGAAAGAGAUCGAUAUUUUGCAACAAAAAUUAUUCAUCGCAGAGAACGUAAAUUCUAAGGCAAACACUGAAAAGAUUUGCAGAAAGUGCUGGAUUCUGACGAACAAAACUUAAAAAUUAUAUAUA